AUGGCUAACCAGUGCCGUCGUGAGCAUGUUAUUGUCACAAAGCAUCUCCGGACUGCCAAGGCACAACACCAGCACCGGAUGAGGCGCGCUGAAGGGCAAACCUCGGUACGUGAUCAUGAGCAUCGCAGGCUGGCCGUGACUGGCGUAGUUGCUGAGGCUGAGGCGGAGGCCGAGGCCGAGGGGUCUUCGAAGCAUCCGUCACCCGACCACGAGGCGACAGCGGCCAUGCUCGUCAGCUUCUCGCAUCAAGUAUCAUCCGGCUCAGAUUUCAAUUUCGAUUCCGUCUUCGCCGUCCCGCCGCUGCCGCAGUCACGGCCGCAACCCACGUCUCAAGCCCACAGACCGCCGACUAACGUUACACACCACGGCCCUGAUCGUCCAUCAGAUGGGCCGCAGCCUUGGGACGAGACUGGGGACGGGGACCAAUCCCCGGACAUGGAGGAAGAAGAACAAGAGGCGAGCCCUUUUGAGGCGACGCUGACUUCGUUGGAGUUCAUGGUAUGGGGUCGGCAACGCGACGGGAGCAACCCAGAGCCACAAUCCAUGUUGCCUCUGCAAUGCAAUACCGACACCGACAUCCUGUCUCAGCAGCAGGCCCUCGAGAUUCUCAGAUACCACUGGAAGUGGCUGACGUGGACGCACAACAUCAUCUACUGGCCGGGGUUCCGCGAGGAGUGCCAGCUCUACUGGAAGGAGGGCCUGGUGAAAGAGAAGGCGUGGCUAGGGCUUUACCAUGCCGUUCUUUGCGUUGGUCUUCACCACAUGACUUCCGAGCAACGAGGCGAACUCGGCGUUUCUCCCGGUCCCGACAUACUGGCUCAACUGUAUCAGAGAUGUGUCAAGGCCCUACAAGACGCCCAGUACGCCUCGUUGCACACGCUGGUCAACGUGCAGACCAUCUGUAUCUUGGUGCUUUGUGCGCAUGACUUCAAUGGUUCCAAUCUCCUUUCGGUUUUGCUGUCCUCUGCAAUCCGCAUAGCCCAGGCACUUAACAUCCACCGCUUGGGCCCCGACCCCGUCGAACCGCUGCCAUACCAUCAAGCAAUACAGCGCGAGCUGCGGAAAAGCAUCUGGAUGUUUCUGUCCACACAGGACUGGUUUCUCAUCCCCUUCAGCAAUGCACAAUCCAUCUUUCCUAGCUAUUGCACCACACCUCGGCCCGUGAAUUGUAAUGCCAUAGCCGGCCUGGGCUCAAAGCAAUCGAAAAACUUGUUCUCUCCACGACUAAUGGAAGAGCCGACGCUCAUGAGCUAUCAGCUCAUCUCGAAUAGAGUCGCUGACGUCCUACGAGCCUACUAUGACGACACCUCCCUGUUCGCCAACGACAUCAUCCAGGAUGUCAAUGACGUCCAUUGCGCCCGCACAAUCCUCACCCAGUUCCGCGCCAAUUCUGAUGAAAGCACAUCGCGCAACCUCUGGACGGUUCUUGCUCACGUCGUCAGCGCCUGUAUCAUCCUCCUCCUCGAGCUAAUCUUCAGUCAAGACCAAGACGAUCCCAUCGGCGCGGCAGCCAAGCACCAACUCGUUUCGGAUUCGGUGGUCCAGCUCAAGACAGCCAACAAGACAAGCACCAUGUCCAUUCGCGGCAUCUCGCUGAUCGAGCUGCUCCUGCAGCACAGCAAUAACGAUCUGAACAACAAGUCGGCGAAUCCUCUAGAUCUAAGGGCCAUUGCGGCAUACCUGGCCGCGCACAGCUCGCCAAAGUCUGCGGCACAAGUCCCACCGCAGUCGGACGGCGUGAGUGGCGACGGGUUCGCUAUGGAUUUCGACAAGGAGGAGUUUGAUCUGUGGGUUCAGAGCCUGGACGUGCCCGACGUUUUGCAGAGUGGUUUCUCAUCGAACAUGUUGGAUUGACACGGAAGAUCCACUCACGUUAAAUGCCGGGGGAAAGGUGGCAGAAGCGCAUGCUACAACUCACUAUGCCCUAUGCCGCAACGAAAUUGCUGUCACCGAUUUUGAGCGUUUGUUAUAAAUGAAGUCGCGAGUCGCGGGUGGCGUGGAGUACCCAGGAACAGGGACAGCCGACGAACUUAAUUGGUUCUGAAGUGUGAGCCAGGUCGUCCUUGACCUUCGCGAGAUUCACAUCUACCUUAUACAUGAUGAAGUAUGGCAUCUGC